AUGGGAAAGAUAUGGGAUUUAGGAAAGAAUCUCAAUCAAGAUGAAGUGCUUCAAAUUCUACGGCUUAUGUCAUCAAGAGACCGGCAAGCAUCGCCCGUGAUGUUUUAUGUACGUGGUCAGCACAUUCACCAGGGUCGCCUGCGCAGAUAUGUGACUAGACAUCCCGGAGUGGUGGAGCAACUGCGUAAUGGCACAAUUCCACCAGAUGACGUUAUCAGCGCAGUGACAUACAGACUCGUCUCACCUGAUCGAUGGCUUUCGGGCAUGAAGGAUCAUCAUGCAAGUGAAAAUGAAACUCUGUUAUGGUCGAUACGCAAUUACGUCUUGUGCUCGCUAGAUUCCAAGGUCUGGUCUUGGGAUUCUACCAGCUGCUGGUCCACGGAUUCAUCGGCUGCCGCAGAGUACAAACUACACAACGAUUUGCAUGCACCUGACUUCGACAUAUUAAAGUCUGUGACCCAAGGCGACAAGCCUGAGCUCGAUGGCAGGGCGCUUGAUCAACUUUUCGAAAUGAUACCACGUUUCGUAAAAGCACAUCCUCCGUACUUUCUCGCUACAUUCAUAGCUAUGUCGGAGGGCAUACGAGUGCACGGUCAAGUUGAGCUUUCGCAGAUUCUGGUCCGGUACACAACGGAACUAGCUUUGAUAUACUUUGGCCCAAACCAUCCUCUUUAUAAAUUACUACGACAUAUUUGUGCACGCCCAGUCCGGGGCGGCAUCCCCCUUACAGCCACACCGAUGAAACUUCUCAUAUCCAUCUUCGAAGACCGGCUGGGGUUGAAUAAUGGUAUAACUCUAUAUACCUCAGUGCCGUACUUGGCACAUCGGCUGAUGGCCAGGGACUUGGUUGUUGACACAUUUGAGAAGUAUUUUGGCCAGAUGAUGCCAGAAUCGCUGCGUUCAACUGCCUUGGACUCGAUACCCGUCAAUCCCAGCAGUGAGAUUGAUACAAGUUUUAAGCUGGGUUGGCUCAACUCGAACAACAUCCAGCCAGAGUCUCGAGCCGCGGUGUUAGGACUGUGCGGCAGAAACUCAGCCACACGGAAUCAGAGCAACUAUGGUUUACAAGAUAGCAUAGGCCUCGCAAGAAAGCAGCUUGAGGUGACUCUUUGGUACGGAUCUAUCAACCCAGCAACUCGAAUGGCUCUCACAGAAGAGUUUUGGUCGAUGAUAGUCCAGUGGAUGCCAGAACGGGAGCAGAAAAUGGCUCUCAGAUCUCGUCAAAGUGAUUGA